CUUCACCCGCUCACCGUGAGAGCGCCUAGCGAAGCGAGGGUUUCGUGGUUGAGCGAGCGAGCGAGCGCGAUGGCGGCGGAGAAGGGGGAGAAGGGAGCGGCGGCGAAGGAGGUGGCCGGCGAAAGGAUGGUCACCCUGGAGAGCUCGGACGGGGAGGAGUUCCACAUGUCGGAGGCGGCGGCGCAGCUUUCGACGCUUCUCAGACACGUGAUCGAAGGCGGCGGCACCGACAACGGCAUCCCGCUCCCCAAAGUCGCCGCAAGGACCCUGGAGAAGGUGAUCAUGUACUGCGAAAAGCACGCCAAGGCUGCCGCCAAGUCCGACUCCGACCCCAGCGCUGCGGCCGGCAGCAGCAGCGACAACACCGCCGACGCGUCGGAGGACCUGGGGAAGUGGGACCGCAAGCUCGUCAACGGCCUCAGCCAGGACGACCUCUUCGACCUCAUCGUGGCCGCCGACUACCUCGUCAUUGACGGGCUCCUCGACGCUACCUGCCGCAAGGUCGCCGACAUGAUGAAGGGCAAGACCCCUGACGAGAUCCGCAAGACCUUCAACAUCCUGAAUGACUUCACCAAGGAGGAGGAGGAGGAGAUGCGCCGGGAGUACGCCUGGGCCUUCGACGACUAGGAGCCUUCGAACUCAAAGCCACUGCUGCGCCAACAUCGAUCUCACUGGAUCUGCCGGCCUAGCGGUUUCGAUCUACUGCCUCCAUUCUUAUGACGUCCAUCGUAGUGGUUGCUUCUUAGCUGUCACGGAUUAAUAGGUUCAGAUCAACUCGGUCUAUACACACUUGCAUUGCGUAGGUAGCCUUUUCAGUUUGUCCUGUCGAAGAAGAAGAGAGCCGAAUGUGUGGUGGAAACUUUGAACUGCUUGCUUGAAGUGAAUGUCAUACUCUGAUAAUCGCCUGUCAUUUCUGAUCAAGCACAUGAUUUGCUCUGUCUCUGUAUCAUGUGUUCUAGUUAUACUAUCCUUGAUCGAUUGUGUUCUAGCUAGUACUGUUGCUCUGCUCGCACGAAGUGAUUAUUGUGUUUCCCGAAAUGCAUGUCAUGUCUUGCUUAGUACCAUGCAAUUGGUGGUAGUGUGAUUGCUCAAUCUCUGCAAAUCUGCUUGUACGAAGUU